AUGGGUGUUCAGCAAACAAGCAAUUCAAAAUCACCUGGUAUCAUUUCACCGAAAUUUUCGAACAUUACCAAGAAACCGAAUCCGGAUGGCUCAAUGACUCCUUCGGCAGGCGUGGGCACGGCUGUGGGAUCCCCCGUUUUGCAAAAUGCCAGCAGCCCCACAGCGGCGGCUACAAAGUCUAUUAUGAAUGUAAGUGGGACUUCUGGAGCUGUAGUAAGUAACACCCCUGAACCAGGUUUAAAACGAGUCCCUACGGUGACUUUCAGUGACUCAAGACAUGUUACGUUGAAGCAGCAAGCGGUAACCAAUGCCGCUGCUAACCCUGGUAAAGCGGCUAAUGGAGAGGAAGCUGAAAAGGUAAGCAUUACGAGUCCCAAGAUUAAGGCUACUUCGCCUACUAUGAGCUCAGUAUCUGGCGUGAGGAAUCCUUCACCGCCUCCACUUGCUACUUCGGAGCCUGGUACCCAAGCUCAUCCCAGAUCCGCAUCUCCCGGGGUUUCCGCGCGGCCAGAGGGAAAGAAAAAUAUCAUAUCCAAACUACUGCAUUCAGCAGAUAUAUUACAUCACAAUAGUGACCAUUCGUCUACAGUUUCACCAGUCGUGAGUGAGAGCGAGUCAAAGAAAGACGACUCCGAAGGGCAUGCUCAUUUUUAUGUGGACGAUGCUCUGCAUUCCCCAGGAUUCAGAUCAAGAUCCAAUAGUCUAAGUCCCAUGCCCCAGGGACAGGGGGCAUCGCCAAUUUUGCUCAGUGAGAAAAAAGUCGACGGCGUGAGGCAGGAACCCACGAUAAUAGAGUCACCAGAUGAAGGCGCCGAAAUCAUGCCACUAGAAAUGCUCUCCACGUCACAACAGAUAGCUCCAAACAUCCCAAAAAGAGAAGCUGGCAAGAACAGUGACCCCAGAUUGCCUCAAGACGAUGGCAAGCUGCAUGUUCUUUUCGGGGCCACAGGGUCUCUGUCUGUUCUCAAGAUCAAAGCUAUGAUCAAGAAGUUAGAGGAAAUUUACGGUAGAGACAAAAUAUCCAUUCAACUCAUCCUUACUCAGGCUGCUGCGCAAUUUUUCAGCCCUAGGGUAAAAAAGACAAAGAACGAUAUACGCCCAGGCAUGGAAAAGUCUGCUGUUACUGGACCACCUUUGACAGGGGAGGGCACUGGAUUCAAGAUUCCUGCCCAUGCCUCAGGAGCUGGAAGUCACGAUUCUAGCGCAUCUCUAUCCUCUACUGCAAAUGCCGCAGUUGCCCCCAAAAUUGAACUUCCACCACAUAUACAAGUAUGGACAGAUCAAGAUGAAUGGGAUGUGUGGAAGCAGCGUACUGAUCCCGUUUUGCAUAUAGAGCUUCGUCGUUGGGCGGAUAUUCUCGUGGUGGCCCCACUCACGGCAAACACUCUCUCAAAGAUCGCUCUCGGGCUUUGUGACAAUCUACUGACAAGCUUGAUUCGCGCCUGGAAUCCAAUGUUUCCCAUCUUUCUAGCUCCAUCGAUGGUCAGUAGUAGUUACAACUCUACCAUUACGAAAAGACAUUUAAAGAUGAUAAAGGAAGAAAUGCCAUGGAUUACGGUUUUUAAGCCAUCAGAAAAGGUGAUGGGUAUUCACGGUGACAUCGGUUUGGGCGGUAUGAUGGAUGCCAACGAAAUCGUUGACAAGGUCGUAAUGAAGCUUGGAGGCUAUCCGAAGGACGAUGAUGACGACGACGAAGACGAAGACGAUGAAGAUGAUGAUGAUGAUGAUGAAAAGAAAGACAAGGGAGAAGUGAAAAAGCUGGACGAGGAUGACGACGACGACGACGAUGAUGAUGACGACGACGAUGACGACGAUGAAGAAGAUGAAGAAGAUGACGACGACGACGACGACGACGACGACGACGACGAUGAUGAUGACUCCAACGUUCCACUAAAAAACCUGUCUUUGAAGGAAAGUAUCUCGUCAGCAUGA